UUAAUCAGAAAAAUAAAUUAAGCUUCCCUAAUGGUUUACACAAUGUGUCUUAGUGUUCUUGAUUCAAUCCAAAAUUGCAGACCCUCUACAUUGUUCCUAUCCAAACAAACAAGAGGGAAUGGUGGCGAUGCACCUCAUCCUUUCCAAAGCACGGCUCCCGAAGAAAACUCAAAUAUUGACUCUACUAAUAUUGUUCGACGAUCUGCAAAUUACCAUCCUACCAUUUGGCAUUAUGAUUACAUUCAAUCAUUAAGAAGCAAAUAUCAUGUGGAGUCAUUCACACAAAAGAUCGGUAAACUGAAAGAAGAAGUAGAAAUGAUGUUUCAUAAAGUGGUGGAGCCACUCGAGCUUAUUGAUACCUUGCAAAGACUUGGAGUAUCUUAUCACUUUAAGGAUGAAAUAAGGAGGAUAUUGGAAAACAAGCACAAUGCUCAUCAUAGAGUUGAUGUUUGCAAGAAGCAAAGUUUAUAUGCCACAGCUGUUGAGUUCAGAUUGUUGAGACAACAAGGAUAUGAUGUACCUCAAGAGACUUUCAAAAGUUUCAUCAAUGAAAAUGGAGAUUUCAAAGAAUGUCUUUGUGAUGAUAUCGAAGGAAUUCUAGCUUUGUAUGAAGCUUCGUUCCACUUGAGAGAAGGUGAAAGUAUUUUGGAAGAAGCAAGAGAUUUUGCAACCAAACAUCUUAAAGAGUACAUGAAUCAAAGCAAAGAUCAAUAUCUUUGUAUGAUGGUGAAUCACACCCUAGAGCUUCCAUUGCAUUGGAGAGUGACAAGGUUGGAAGCACGGUGGUUCAUUGAUGCAUAUAGGAGUAGAGAAGAUAUGAACCCUACCGUGCUUGAGUUUGCAGAACUGGAUUUUAAUAUGGUACAAGCAGUCCACCAAGAAGAUCUAAAAGAACUAUCAGGGUGGUGGAGGAGCACUGGCCUUGGAGAUUUGAGCUUUGCAAGGGAUAGGGUGGUGGAAAAUUUUCUAUGGGCAACGGAAGCAUUAUUUGAACCUCAAUUUGGAUAUGAGAGGAGAAUGACAGCAAGGCUCGGUAUAUUGGUGACAGUAAUAGAUGAUGUGUAUGAUAUCUACGGCACUUUAAAAGAACUUGAGCUCUUCACAGAUGCUAUUGAGAGAUGGGAUGUCAAUGCUGUGGAACAACUUCCAUAUUAUUUGCAGAUUUGUUUCCUUUCCGUCCAUAACACAGUUAAUGAAAUGGCUUUUGACAUUCUCAAGGAAAAGGGAUGCAACAUCAUUUGGUACAUGAAAAAGGCGUGGGCAGAUCUAUGUAGAUCGUAUAUGGUGGAGGUAAACUGGUUUUACAACGGAUAUACACCAAGCCUUCAAGAAUACUUUGAAUGUGGAUGGAUCACAGUAGGAAUAUCAAAUAUACUGGUGCAUUGUUAUUUUCUCAUUACAAAUCCCAUAACAGAGGAAGCAUUGGAAUUAUUGAAAGAAUAUCCUGCUAUAAUUCGUUUGUCAACAUUCAUUAUUCGACUUGAAGAUGAUCUUGGAACAUCUACAGAUGAGUUAAAGAGGGGGGAUAAUCCUAAAUCAAUCCAAUGCUAUAUGAAAGAUACUGGUGCUACUGAGGAAGAUGCUCGUCAUUACAUGAGGUCCUUGAUUAGCGCAACAUGGAAGACAAUUAAUGGACAACGCUUUGCAACUUCUCCAUUCUCUGAAACAUUUAUUACUAUCGUAGUUAACAUGGCAAGGGUAUCCCAACUCUUGUACCAGUAUGGAGAUGGUUUUGGCAUUGAAGACCGCAAGACUAAGGACAACGUGCAAGCUUUGUUUAUUCAUCCCAUUCCUAUAACAAAGAAUUGAUGAAUGAUUGCUAGUGUUACUAAAUUACAUACAAACAUAUAUCUAGAUCUCUACUUUUUCCUCUUUAUAAUUUCUUAUGUUUGGAUCAAA